AUUACUUGCUCAAUAUUUUGUGGAAGAUUAGGUAAAUACAACACAAUAACAUAUGAUUAAUUAAUGUUAUCAUGAACUCUGUCUGUAGAAAGAAUAUAUAUAUAUAUGUUGGUGCAUGUGGACAAGCAGUAGCGAGCAAAAUCUUCAACCGGUGAGCACAAUGAGCAGAGAGGAGGCCGUAGUUCUCUACCCGACUCCGGCCAUCGGGCACCUUAUCUCGAUGGUGGAGCUGGGAAAGCUCAUCGUCUCCCACCGCCCCUCGCUCUCCGUCCACAUCCUCCUCUCCUCCCAGGCCUACAGCGCCGGCUCCACCGACGCCUACAUAGCCUCUGUCUUUGCCUCCUUCCCCUCCAUCUCCUUCCACCGCCUCCCCGUCACGUCCCUGCCCCCGGACUUCUCCACCCCCUCCCCCCACCACGAAGCCCUAGCUCUUGAGCUCAUCUGCCUCAACAAUCCCCACGUCCGCCACGCCCUCAUCUCCAUCUCCGAGCGUCACCGCGUCCUAGCCCUCGUCAUCGACUUCUUCUGCUAUGUCGCCUUCUCCGUCGCUCGAGACCUCUCCAUCCCGUGCUACUACUACUUCACUUCCAGCGCCGGAGUUCUUGCCUUUUUCAUCUAUUUCCUCACCCUCCACGAGAAGUGCUCGGACGAGAGCUACAGCGACCCAGAAACCCUACUCGAAGCCCCCGGCAUACCCCCUUUGCCUAAAAAGUACAUGGCUCUGCCGAUGCAAGAUCGCCGAGAUGUUGUGUACAGCAUGUUUCUUCAGUCCGCCAUUGAAAUGCGGAAGUCGGUUGGGAUUAUAGUGAACACGUUUGAGAAGCUCGAGCCGAGGGCUCUCCGGGCUAUUUUGGACGGGCAAUGCGUGCCCGAUGGCCCCACCCCACCGGUCUAUUGCAUCGGACCGCUGAUCUCAAAUAAGGAACCGAGCAACGGCACUGGAAACAGCAGCGAUGAUCGAGACGCUCCGGAGAGCUUAAAGUGGCUCGACAUGCAGCCAAAAGCAAGCGUCGUGUUUCUUUGUUUCGGGAGCCUCGGAGUUUUUUCGCUCGAGCAGCUGAGAGAAAUUGCGGUCGGACUCGAGAGGAGCGGACAGCGGUUCCUGUGGGUUGUGCGAAACCCGCCUCCGGACCCGAGCCGCCCCGUGGCAACAGUGGUUCAGGCUGACCCGGACUUGGAGUCCCUUCUUCCGGAUGGAUUCCUGGACCAGACCAGGGACAGGGGGCUCGUGGUGAAGUCGUGGGUGCCGCAGGUGGCGGUGCUUAACCACCAAGCGACGGGUGGUUUCGUGACUCACAGCGGAUGGAACUCUGUGCUGGAGGCGGUAUGCGCUGGAGUGCCAAUGAUCUCAUGGCCCCUCUACGCCGAGCAGGGCCACAACAAGGUGUCGUUGGUGGAAGAGCUGAAGAUCGCGCUCCCCAUGGACGAGUCGGAUGACGGGCUCGUGAGGGCGGCCGAGGUGGAGAGGCGGGUCAGGGAGCUGAUGGACUCUGAGGAGGGUAACUCCAUGAGGGAGCGGAUGGCCAUCUUGAAGGAUGAAGCCAAGGCCGCGAUGGGUCCAGGCGGGUCGUCAAAGGCGGCGCUUGCCAAACUCAUAGAGUCGUGGGUGGGCGCGCAAAUUGGAUAGAGCCCCGCUGAUGUUAAUUUAUGCUGUUAUAAAUUAAAGAAACUGCAUGUCAUUGUAAUUCCGACCCUUUGCCGACGGUAAAAGUGCGUUUGGUUUCAGAGUUGAAGUAACUUUAAUUUUGAUUGUGAAAAAUAA